AUGACCGAGACCAAGCGGAGUGACGACUUGUCCGAGUUGAAUAACAAGGAAUUGGAAAAAAAUGUCUCAACGCUUGGAGAGAAAAUUGACCAAGUUGACGAACUUUUGUCUAUGCUUUCAUCUCCAGAAUUUGAGGAUAAAUACAAUAAUUUGGAUGCAGCAAACAAGGCACAGAUCGACCUCUUCAAGACCUACACCAUCAACUCAUUGUUCUGGGUGUACUUAAAAACGAAAGGAAAAAAUGCUACAAGCCAUCCUGUUAAAAAUGCACUAGGUAGGGUGAAAGAACAUUUGGACAAAGCCAAACAGUUGAAGGACAGAGCGGCAGCACCAAGACUGAAUCAAGGUGUUGCGAAGCGAUUCAUUCGAAGCGGACUGUGGGAGCCUAAAGACCAACCUGUUCAGCAAAAUGGAAAAAACCAUAAAGUGUUUGGGAAGAGGAAGCGUGAAUAG